AUGUCACCCAGCGACGAUCCGACAGACCCUAAUGCUCUCCCUUCGGUCGAGCUCAAGUUCUCGCCCGGCCCUGGCGACCAUGAUCUUCAUCUUCCCCAGCCCGAGCUCGGCUUGAGCCACCAUGACGACGCCCUGGGAAGCAUCACAGCAGCCGCUGCCGCCGCUGCCCACACAAUGGCAGACGCUGCGAACUUUGGGGACUUUCCCUUCUCUUAUCCUAACCCGUUAGGCGACGAACCCCUCGGCAACCUGUCAAGGACUGCCUUCGAUGAGCAUCCCCCAGAUCUGUUCGCAACUCCUCAGCCGCAGGCCAUGUCGCCUAUCCAAGACCGGCCACAGGACUCGGGCAAUUCCAUCAUUGUCCAGACCUCUGCAUUUGUCGCUCCUGCCGCUGAUACCCAGGGUCAGAGUCGUCCCACUCCCGACGCGUCCGAACACGACACGCCAGACAGCAAUGUGAACGGCGUUAACUUGUUGGAGGAGCCGUUGUCAGAUGAGUUCGGGCUGGCCACGACCGCGCCAGCUGAGGGGACAGAAAUGGGAGGGGCAAAGCCCAAACCCGACAAGCCAGACUCGGUCCCGGCGUGGAGUGAGCUGAAGACGAAGGCUGGCAAAGAGCGUAAGCGUUUGCCCCUGGCGUGUAUUGCUUGUCGUCGUAAGAAGAUUCGGUGCUCGGGCGAGAAGCCCGCCUGCAAACACUGCUUGCGAUCUCGCAUUCCUUGUGUCUACAAGGUCACCGCCCGGAAGGCCGCCCCGCGAACUGACUACAUGGCCAUGUUGGACAAGCGGUUGAAGCGCAUGGAGGAGCGCAUUAUCAAGAUAAUCCCCAAGCCCGAGCAGGAAGUCGCCCUCGCGAACGUAACUCGCGCCGUCGUCAAGCCUGCUAUUCCGGGUACCUUGCCCGGCAAUGGAAAGCCCGCAAACAAGAAGAGAGGCGCCGAUGAAGCCUUCGGGCCGGAUUUGGAUCACUGGGCUCGGGCGCCCUCGCGAAGCAAGCUCGACGGCCCGAAUAAGCCAUCGACCAUCCUGAUUCAGGAGGCCGAAGAGAACAAGUUGCUGCUGGAAGGCGGCGACGCACUGCCGUCUAAGGAGAUUCAGGAGCACCUUGCUGAGGUGUUCUUCGAGAAUAUCUACGGCCAGGCGUAUCACCUACUGCACAAGCCCAGCUUUAUGAGGAAGCUCAAAGCUGGCACGCUUCCCCCGGUUCUGAUAUUAUCGGUCUGCGCAAUUGCUGCGCGCUUCUCGAACCAUCCUAAGUUAAACACAUACCCGAACUUUCUGCGCGGCGAGGAAUGGGCAGCCGCCGCCCGCGAUAUCCUGAUGAGGCGAUACGACUGGCCUAACAUCACGAUCCUGACAUGCCUUCUGAUCUUGGGUUUGCAUGAGUUUGGCACAUGCCACGGCGGGCGCAGCUGGGCGCUGGGUGGGCAAGCCAUCCGUAUGGCAUUUGCGCUCCAGCUGCACAAGGACCUCGAGCACGACCCGAUGCGCGGAUCAGGCAAAUCGCAGUUCAGCUUCAUCGACCGCGAGAUCCGGCGGCGCACUAUGUGGGCGUGCUUCUUGAUGGAUCGCUUCAACUCGUCAGGCACCGACCGGCCAUACUUCAUCAGAGAGGAGACGCUCAAGAUUCCGUUGCCCAUCAAGGAGAAAAACUUUCAGUACGAUAUGCCCGGGCCGACCGAGACGCUUAACGGACAGGUCCUCGAGCCGCUCUCAGAAGACAACCCGAACGAAGCCCGGGAGAACAUGGGGGUCGCUGCGUGGAUGAUCAAGGCUAUCGCCCUCUGGGGUCGCAUCAUCGCCUACCUCAACCAGGGGGGCAAGGAGCUGGAUCCUCAUCCGAUGUGGAGUCCCGAGUCUGAGUACGCCAAGUUGCUCAAGCAGACAGAAGAGUUCCAGAAUGAGCUGCCCGACUGUCUCAAGUACACGCCGGAGAACCUGAAGAUGCACGAAUCGGAGAACAUGGCGAACCAGUUCCUGUUCCUCCACAUCUCGAUUCAGCAAAACAUCCUCUUCAUGAACCGUUUCGCCGUCUCCUCUCCAGGCGGACACUCCCUGCAGGAUGUGCCCAAGACUUUCGUGACGAAGGCCGGCGCCAAGGCCUUUGCGGCUGCGAACCGCAUCUCCGAACUGCUUAAGGAUGCCGAAUCGCACUUCAUCACGGCGCCCUUCACCGGGUACUGUGCCUUCUUGUCGAGUACGGUGCACAUAUUCGGCAUCUUCUCGGGGAACCCUAGCAUGGAGGCAACGUCGAAACGGAAUCUGGCUACCAACGUGCGCUUCCUGUCAAAGAUGAAGCGCUACUGGGGCAUGUUCCACUGGAUGUCUGAAAAUCUUCGCGAACAGUACCGUACAUGCGCCGACGCUGCCCGCCAAGGUAACAAGGCCAGCGAAAAUGCCUCUUCUUCGCCCAUCUUCCAGUACGGCGAUUGGUUCGACCGUUACCCACACGGUGUCUCGCAAUCCGACUUCCUCGACCCUGCCGCCUACAAGAAGAAAGAAAAGGGAGACGAUGCCGUGCUGGAACAGAAGCCUGAGUUGCAUACUGUCGAAGAGUUCUUUACCAAUCUGUCACCUAAGACUGCCGAGGCCGCUGUCGCAAACGGCAUUCGUCCAGGCCAGCCGAAUGCCCCCCAGCUCAACAAGCGCAAGCAGUCCAUUACGCGUAAGCCCAGCAUCGCCUCUUCCCGCGGACCCGAUCAGCCCGUCGGUGUCGACCCUCUCCAAGCUGACUUUUCUCGCCAUCACUCUCUAGCGACAGCAGAGCAGCUCCAUGCCGCAGCCGCAGCAGCCCGUCUGCACCAGCGUUCCUACUCGGUCAGUGCUGCCAGCGCCGCCGGUGGACCCCCGCCGCUACAGACGACAGGACCUCCAGGACCAGGCUUCAGUCCCCUCGCCGUCGGACCCGCCAACCCCGCCUCCUACCCUACCUCUGCGCUAUCCCCCGUCUCGCCGGUUGCCUUCUCGCAUCCUCAUCCCCCCGCCGCAGCUGCUCCUCCGUUCCAUCACCCACAUCAUCAUCAUCAUCAUCAUCAUCCCGCUCCAGCCGCGUUCUUCCCCAACGACCCGUUCGCCAUUCCCCUCGCCGCCACCCCUCCCCACGGCAUGACGCGACUCGACCGCCAACUCGUGUUUGGCGCGUACGGCGCAGCGCACCAUCAUCACGGCAGCGCAGCCGAUCCCGCCGGGCUACGCUGGGAUGGUGAAACAGGACCCAACGGGGCAUCUGCUGGGGCCGCCAACGGAAGUCGGGACACUCGGCAUGCGCAUCACCACUCAUUGCAUGGCGGGCAUGAUCCUGCUGCGGCCGCACUGCAUGCGGCAAAUUUGUUUCCGGCGGCGGAGCCUAGUUCGGCGUGGUUCAUGCCAUUUAAUAUGGAGCCGCCAGAAAUUGGGCCGGAUGGGGGAUUAGGGGCUGGGGCUGGAGCGGGGCUAGAUGCGUUCGGGGGCGUGUUUGGGGCCGGGGCAAUUCAUUAG